AUGGCUUUGUCCGCACGAUCAGCUACCCGUGCCCUGCGGGCGUCCAAGUUCGCCCAGAGCAGCCCCGUCGCCUACAACGCCUCUCGUAGCUAUGCCACCGCCGAGCCAGAUCUCAAGGAGACGCUCAAGUCCAUCAUUCCAGAAAAGAGAGAGCUGUUGAAGAAGGUCAAGGCUCAUUCUUCCAAGGUUAUCGGAGAGGUGAAGAUUGAGAACACACUUGGUGGCAUGCGAGGACUCAAGGCCAUGGUCUGGGAAGGCUCAGUCCUCGACGCCAACGAGGGAAUCCGCUUCCACGGCAAAACGAUCAAGGAUUGCCAAAAGGAGCUGCCAAAGGGCACCAGCGGUACUGAGAUGCUGCCCGAGGCCAUGUUCUGGCUGCUGCUUACUGGCCAGGUCCCCAGCACCAACCAGGUCCGCACCUUCAGCAAGGAGCUUGCCGAGAAGGCUCAGCUGCCUCAAUUCGUCAACAAGAUGCUGGACGACUUCCCCAAGGACCUCCACCCUAUGACCCAGUUCGCCUGUGCUGUCUCCGCCCUCAACUACGAGAGUGUCUUCGCAAAGGCAUACGAGCGUGGCAUCAACAAGGCCGACUACUGGGAGCCUACCUUUGAUGACUCCAUCAGCUUGCUCGCUAAGCUCCCCACCAUUGCCGCCAAGAUCCACCAGAACGCAUACUGUGGUGGUGGUGCCCUCCCAGCCGAGGUCGACGUCAACCAGGAUUGGUCUUACAACUUUGCUGCCAUGCUCGGCAAGUCGGGCAAGGAGAACGAGAAUUUCCAGGAUCUGCUCCGUCUCUACCUCGCCCUCCACGGUGACCACGAGGGUGGAAACGUCUCCGCCCACGCAACUCACCUGGUCGGAUCCGCCUUGAGCGAUCCUUUCCUCUCAUACUCUGCCGGUCUCCAGGGUCUCGCCGGCCCGCUCCACGGCCUCGCAGCCCAGGAGGUGCUCCGAUGGAUCUUGCAGAUGCAGGAGCAUGUAGGUGAGAAGUUCAGCGACCAGGACGUCAAGGACUACCUGUGGAACACCCUCAAGUCCGGACGCGUUGUUCCUGGAUAUGGACACGCCGUCCUGCGCAAGCCCGAUCCUCGUUUCGAGGCUCUGAUGGACUUUGCCUCCAGCCGGAAAGAGAUUGCCUCUGACCCAGUCUUCCAGCUGGUGAAGAAGAACAGUGAGAUCGCUCCUGGUGUCUUGACCGAGCACGGAAAGACUAAGAAUCCCUUCCCCAACGUUGACAGCAGUUCUGGUGUCCUCUUCCACCACUACGGCUUCCACAACACCCUCUACYACACCGCCACCUUCGGUGUCAGCAGAGGUCUGGGACCACUUGCCCAGCUCAUCUGGGACCGCGCGCUUGGUCUUCCAAUUGAGCGUCCCAAAUCGAUUGACCUCAAGGGUCUGCUCAAGCUUGCCGAGGCUUGA